GAUUUGAUUGGUCUGUUUUUCCGCUGUCAAGGUGCAGCAGCUGCACUACAGAAGUGAAAGUAUAAUAAUAAACGAGCGACAUCACGUCAAGUGACCUUGUGUAUAUAUCGGGAAUAUUAAAAAAGAUAGUGUAAGUCAUCAACGUCUGGGUUCCGAAAGAAAACGAGGCAUGCAAAUAGCGGAGUGCAGCUCCUCAUCCGAAAUGAGCCAGGGCUCAGUUAAAAAGCAGGCAGAUGCCAACUCUGAAAGCGUUUCAAAGGCAAUCCAGAGCGCACGAUGGCUGGGAACUCCCAUAGAUGAGCUCAACCGAUUACCCCAGUGUGCUCCCCCACUGUCACACCUGAAACCAGCACAUAAUCACUCUGUCAUGAUCAGAACAGAUCUCCUCAGAGAGGGCGAGCUCCCAGUUCCAUACCCCACCAAGUUCAGAGAUGCAUGGGAUGAUGUGUAUGUGAAGAUGCCCUGUUCAGACAAAAAUCUGUUUCCUGUGGAGACUGAGGAUGGAGGUCUCCAAAGUCGGUGGGAGCUGAUCCGUACUGCUUUGAAGAGAGGGUUCAAAAGUUGUCUGGAUGUGAGGGAUGCAAUACUGAGGUACAACAUAACCCAUGCAAAGAAAUGGGACUUCACGGCCUUGAAUCUGCUUUGUACAGAGCUGCUUUGGCUGCAGGAGAGCAGGGGCGUCAUGGCUCUGCCCGGAUCCUGCCGCAUCACCAACUACCAUCUAUUAGUCCCGCCGGGGCGCUUUAUGAUAUCUUAUCUUGAGCAUUGUGAGGUACAGAGCCUGUUCGAGCAAGUGCUGCCUGCCAUGGUGAACUUGGCCCUCAGUGCUCCCGAUGUCUGCACAAAACCAAUUCCUCUACUCAAGUCACAGAGGCACCAUUCUCUGACUUUGUCUCAGGAGCAAAUAGCCUGUCUUCUGGCCAAUGCCUUCUUCUGCACAUUCCCCAGACGCAACAGCCGCAAGGAGUACAGCAAUUAUCCUGAGAUCAAUUUCUACAGGUUGUUUGAAGGUUCUUCACCAAGGAAAAUUGAGAAACUAAAAACUCUUCUAUGUUACUUUAGGAGAGUCACACAAACUAAGCCCAAGGGUCUUGUGACUUUCACAAGGCAAACGCUUACCCAUCCACCAGACUGGGAGAGCUCUCAAACCCAGCUGACACGUCUACAUAUAACGUGUGAUGGGACGAUUGAGGAUGAUGGAUAUGGGAUGCUGCAGGUGGACUUUGCAAACAGGUAUGUUGGUGGUGGAGUCACAGGGCAUGGACUUGUUCAGGAAGAAAUCAGGUUCAUCAUCAACGCAGAGCUCAUUGUCUCUCGCCUCUUUACUGAAGCUCUGGACCACAACGAAUGCCUCAUCAUCACAGGAACAGAGCAGUACAGCAAAUACGCUGGCUACGCAGAGAGCUAUAAAUGGGUGUGUAGCCACAACGACGAGACGCCCAGGGACGACUGGCAGAGGAGGUGUACAGAGAUUGUUGCCAUAGACGCUCUGAAAUACAAGCAUUUCCUAGAGCAAUUUCUCCCUGAGAAGAUAACUAGAGAACUCAACAAGGCAUACUGCGGAUUCCAUCGAAAUAAUGCCAACACGAAGCACCUCUCUGCAAUAGCAACAGGCAACUGGGGCUGUGGAGCCUUUGGUGGAGACACACGACUUAAAGCUCUGAUCCAGUUAAUGGCAGCAGCAGAAUCUGGGAGAGACGUGGCGUAUUUCACUUUCGGAGACCCUCACCUUAUGAGGGAUGUUCACGAAAUGCACUCUUUCCUUACUGGAAGACAAGUCACCGUUGGUCAGCUUUACAGACUUUUGAAGCUCUACUUCAACGAGGAGUGCAGCGACUGCCACACACCCGCGACUAAAGACAGUCUCUACAGUUUCAUCCAUAAAAAAGUCUCCACCACCUCAACCUCUGAGACCUCAGGCGCCGCUAAGAAUUCUGGGAUGCCACCUGUGACAUCAGAUUGUCAUUAAAAGGGGGAAGGACUAUAAUUAAUACCCCUCCCUCCUCCUCCUCCUCCACCUUCUGCUGUCUCUCUCUUUCUAUGUCUGUAAGGGAGACCCCAGGUUCACAAACUUCAGUGUGCAACAGUCUUACAAUCACUUAUCUAAAACACAGCCACUCCCUUUAAGUUUGUGAUCCAAACACACAAACUACCAAAACACAGUUUUGCCUUUGUCACUGGUGGCAUCAUAGGAGCCUCAUAGUACAAGACUUAUAGCAAUAGUAAAUCCUGGUUGCUGUUAGAGGCCUUUAUUUACUCUAAGUACUACGUUGAAGUCUUUUUAUUUUAAUACACACUAUGAAUAUUGCCAAAUAUCCAUCAUAUGCAUGGUUUUUAACACUUUUCACUGAUGAUAUUCCGGGAUCUUAUGCUGUCUAUUUCAUCUUAUGCUGUGUUGGGUUUCUUUUUUCUCUUUGGUAAGAGUUGUAUUCUCUGUUUACCAUGGCAGGCUGUGGAGAGCUUCCUGAAUACAGAGAGAUGAUGAGAUGACUGAAUAUAGUCUAUGCAUGGAGUGCAUUUAUUAAUCAGUAUUCAACAAAAAAAUAUAUGCUGAGCUUUUCUAUCUUAUAAGACGUGUAGGUUCAACAUACAUGUCGCCCAUAAAAGAUGUUUUAUUUAGUCAAAUAAUUUGUCAGUACUAUGAGGAUAGUCUGAGAUGAAACAUACAGCAAAUGUAUGGUCUGUCACAUAGGACUUUUAUUAUGUUUCCAGUAAUCUCUACAUUUUCAAAUAUAAUCAGUGCUAAGCACAGUAUUAAUACUGUAUAUACAAAAAGAUGGGGGAGCAGGUGAAGAAUUGCAUGAAAAUCAGUAUUUUGGUUUAACCUUUCUCCACAUUUCCUUUGAAGAUCUGAUUAUGAUUUUCUAUUAAUUACUGUAUUUUCUGACUGUGAGUUUCAUUGAAUGUUGAUAUCUAGUCUAGAAUAAAUGCUGUAAAUUGAUUGAAUAGAACUGUUCCUUAGGGGUUUUAGGUUGUACGGUUUUUAUUAUAAUUUCUUAAAUAAAGCAUAUCCUGUUUAAGAAGAUGCAUGUCUCUGCUUUAAUCAAUGAGGUUUACAACCUAAAGCUAAAUAAAUGUGGGAUUUUAGGUCAUGUUAUGUAACAACCUGAAAGUCAUGUGCACUGUUGUUAGCAUGCAAAAGGCUGCAGUAAAAAUCUUUUCAUGCAACCUUUUGUCUUCAUCUGAGAAAUUUAGAUUCUGUUUGUUCUGAAGUCUUGGGGUCACUAAUUUAUCACUUCCUGUCAUGAAAUCAUAAAUUAUGUAAUCAUUACAAAUGUGAUUGAUUCUUGUGAUAGCAUGUGUACCUAGGGCUCUCAGAAAAAUAUGAAUCCGCCUUCAGACAUGCUUUAUUAGAUGAAUUAGGGUUUCUAAAUAACCUCAUGACGUCUACUUCCAUAAAUGGUGUGUAGGCUUGGCAGGGGUAAGUGGAUUACACAUUACCCGCCUCUCUCCUGCUUUGUACUCAGAUCUGCAUUGACCAAACAAGCUGUGGAGUCAUGGAAAAAGUCAGUUCGGCUUGACAGAGCCUAUAGCUGAGGUCAGCUUUGGAAAUGGCUUGAAGCCUGAUGUCCACUUUAUUUAGAUUAACCGGUUUUGUUAAAUGAAAGGCUUAUUUGUACAUUGCAUUGAGUUAACGUGUGAUGCAUCCUGCAAAUGAAUUACAGUGAUUUGCUACAUGGGUGAUGCAUUUAAACCGUUUUCUGCCUUUUUGUACUUGUGUACGUGUCAACAGAAAGUGAUGUAACAACUUUUCACACAGUUAAUUUCAGAGAACAUACACAACAAAAAGACACAAAACAGCUAAUUCCGUUCUGUUCCCCUAUAGUGAUGUAAUCAUUCUAAAUAGGAUGUUUUUCAGCAUCUUGCCUGUAAUGUUGCCCAGCGGCACAGUUCUUUUUGCCGCUGAACAUCAUUAAUAAAAUGCCAAAAAGCA